AUGACAGCAGAAAGCUUGGACAUGACAAAUGGUUCUAAUAAACUUGGUUCUGUGACCCAGAAUGAAGCAGCACUGCUUGCCUUGAUGGAACAGACAGGCUAUACUAUGAUCCAAGAAAAUGGACAAAGGAAGUUUGGUGGCCCACCACCAGGUUGGGAAGGUCCACCACCACCUCGUGGAUGUGAAGUCUUUGUAGGAAAAAUUCCACGAGACAUGUAUGAAGAUGAAUUGGUACCUGUGUUCCAACGAGCAGGGAAAAUUUAUGAGUUUAGACUGAUGAUGGAAUUCAGUGGUGAGAAUAGAGGUUAUGCUUUUGUAAUGUACACUACAAGAGAAGAAGCCCAGAAUGCAAUCAAAAUGCUUAACAAUUAUGAAAUUCGACCUGGAAAAUUUAUUGGUGUUUGUGUUAGCUUGGAUAACUGCAGAUUGUUCAUUGGUGCAAUUCCAAAAGAGAAAAAAAAGGAAGAAAUCCUUGAAGAGAUGAAGAAGGUUACUGAAGGUGUCGUUGAUGUUAUUGUCUACCCCAGUGCCACUGACAAGACAAAGAAUCGUGGAUUUGCAUUUGUGGAAUAUGAAUCUCAUAGAGCUGCUGCAAUGGCAAGACGGAAACUAAUUCCAGGUACUUUUCAAUUGUGGGGGCAUACCAUUCAGGUGGAUUGGGCAGACCCUGAAAAAGAAGUGGAUGAGGAAACUAUGCAAAAGGUUAAGGUACUCUAUGUCCGAAACCUGAUGAUAUCCACAACAGAAGAGACUAUCAAAAUGGAAUUCAACAAAAUUAAGCCUGGAGCAGUUGAACGAGUAAAAAAGCUCAGAGACUAUGCAUUUGUGCAUUUUUUUGACAGAGAUGAUGCAGUUACAGCUAUGAAUAUUAUGAAUGGAAAGUGUAUAGAUGGUGCUAGCAUUGAAGUCACCCUUGCAAAGCCAGUUAAUAAAGAUGGCUCUUGGAAGUACACUCAAGGUAGUCAAGUCAAUAUUAAUUGUGAAAAUCAAUGACUAACAUUUACCAACAAGGAAGAUGGGAUAGCAAAAACCCCAGGAAGGUCACCAAGCUUACCGGCACGUCUGAAUGGUCACCAUAGCCCAUGCUCACCUGAACUGGAGAGAUGCACAUAUCCUUUAUUCCCUGGAAUAAAGCUUACACCUUUGAGUAUUUAUUCAUUGAAGCCUAGCCAUUUUCAGUCCUCAGUUACACACUUGGAAUAUUAUUGCAACAAAAAUAAUUGGGCGCCACCAGAGUACUACCUAUACUCAACAACAAGUCAGGAUGGGAAACAACUGCUUGUUUAUAAAGUGGUUAUUCCCUCCCUUGCGAACAGUUCACAAGGUACACUGAGCCAUUUCAUGCCUGAUAAGCUCUGCACAAUGCUGGAAGAUGCUAAGGAACUAGCUGCACAAUAUGCACUAACACAUUUAGACUACAGUUUGCGUCGGACCAGCUCCGUUAAUAGUCUUUCUCAAGUUGGUGCACCUCUUCCAACUUCUGCUUCCAACUUGCUACAAUACGCAUCUAGACCGUACUCCUAUCCGAGCUACCCAUUGUCAACAACGCUACCUCUUGGUAACAGCAGUCAUAUUGGACAACGAUUAUAUGUUUCUAGUCAUGGAUCUUUCUUCUAA